AUUUUAUUGAAGUGAAUGAAAGAAAUAAGAAUCAAGAAAUCUAUGUUCGUUUCCAUACUUUCCAUAGAAGAGUACGUCACUCUUUUAAUGUGGUUAACUCCUUUAUGGUUGGUCGUCGUGACGGUAAAGAAAUAGUGUCUCAAAAUGACUUGCAAAAGGCGUAAUGGAGGAAGGUCCAAACAUGGACGUGGACACGUGAAGCCCGUUCGUUGUACAAACUGUGCAAGAUGCGUCCCAAAGGACAAAGCCAUCAAAAAAUUCGUUAUUAGGAAUAUCGUAGAAGCUGCUGCUGUCAGGGACAUCACUGAGGCAUCAGUAUACAACCAGUACACUUUGCCCAAGCUCUACGCAAAGUUGCACUACUGUGUGUCUUGCGCUAUCCACAGCAAAGUUGUGAGAAAUAGGAGCAAGAAAGACAGGAGGAUCAGGACUCCACCCCAAAGGAACUUCCCUGGUAGGGACAACAGGCCUCAACAGCAGAGGAAAUGAGUUGAUUUCUAUAAUUAAAUAAAAAAAAAAGCUUCAAACAA